AUGGAGGCCGCGCUCGCCGGCGAGGCGGCCAUGGUGGAGGCGCUGCUGGCGGCGGGCGCCCCCGUCGACGCGGCGGCGGCGUCGGGCGCCGGCGCGCUCUGGCUCGCCGCGUCGGAGGGCCGCGCCGAGGCGGUCCGGGUGCUGCUGCGGGCGGGCGCGGACGCGAACCUCCCGCGGGAGGACGGCGUCGGCGCGCUGGCGGCGGCGGCGGCCGGCGGCCACGCGGCGGUCGUCGAGAUGCUGCUGGCCGCGGGCGCGGCCGUCGACGCGGCGGACCGCGACGGCCUCACGGCGCUGCUGAGCGCGGCCGAGCACGGCGACGGGGCGACGGUGGCCCGGCUGCUGCGCGCGGGCGCGGCGGUCGACGCGGCGUCGCUCACGGGCUUCACGCCGCUCAUCGUCGCGGCGGCGGGUGGCCACGAGGCCGCCCUGGAUAUGCUCGUCGCGGCCGGCGCCGACGUGCACGCGGCGCACGCCGAGGGCGUCGACGCGCUCAUGUACGCGGCGGCCGGCGGCCACGCGGGCUGCGUCCGGCGGCUGCUGGCGGCGGGCGCGGACGUGCGCCGCACCCACCUCCACGGGGGCACGGCCCUCAUGGAGGCGGCGACGGCGGGGUCGGUCGCCUGCCUCGAGGCGCUGGCGGCGGCGGGCGCGGCCGCGGACCACGUCGACGGCGACGGCGUCACGGCGCUCAUGGCGGCGGCGUCGCAGGGCCACGCGGCCGCCACGCGGUUCCUCCUGGCCGCGGCGGGCGGCGGCGCGGCGGGCUGCGACCGCGCCGCGGCGUCGGGCGGCACCGCGCUCAUGUUCGCGGCGGCCGGCGGCCACGCGGGGGCGCUGGAGCUGUGCCUGGCGGCGGGGGGCGCCGCCGACGCGGUCGUCGUCGGUGCGCCCGGGCACGUCGCGGAGACGGCGCGCCGGCUCGCGGAGGGCGAGCCCGACGUCGAGCCCCACAAGGACGGCGUCACCGCGCUGCAGGUGGCGGCGCAGGGCGGCCACCUCGCGUGCGCGGAGCUGCUCCUGGCGGCCGGGGCGGACGCGCGCCUGCGCGACGAGGAGGGCAUGUCGGCGCUCGCGAACGCGGCCGCGGGCGGGCACUGGGCCGUCGCGCGGCUCAUCGUGGAGGGCGGGGGCGACCCCGACGACGGGGGCUGGGUCGACGGCGACGGCGCCCCCCGGAACCUGCUCGAGGCGGCCGUGGCGCGGGGGGACGACGCGUUCGCGGAGGCGCUGGUGGCGGCGGGCGCGGCCGCGGACGGCGGCGGCGCGCUCCGCGCGGCGGCAGCACGCGGCGCCGCGGGCGUGGUGCGGGCGCUCCUCGCUGCCGGCGCGGACCCCCGCCGCGCGGGCGCCGACGGCGCGGACGCGGUCUUCGCAGCGGCCGCCGAGGGCCGCGCCGACGCGCUGGCGCUCCUCCUGGGACACGCCGACGCGUCACCCGACGCGGCCGACGCGGACGGCACGCCGGCCCUCGCCGCGGCGGCCGUCCGCGGCCACGCCGACGUCGUCGCGCUGCUCCUGGAGAACGGCGCGGCCCCGGACGCGGCCAACGUCGACGGCCACACGGCGCUCAUGUUCGCGCAGAACGGCCGGGCCCAGGUCGCCGCGCUGCGCGCCAAGUACCUCGCGAGCGUGCCGGCCGCGGCCGGCGCGCCCGACGACGCGAACCUGGCGACCAUCGACGCCGCGCGCGCCGCCCACGAGCGGUGCGUGCAGCUGCUGCUCGCGAACGGCGCGGACGCGCGGCGCGCGGACCGCGACGGGCGCAUCGCCGCGGACUUUGCGCCGCGUGAACCGGCGGCGGCCGCGUAG